GCUCUCACAAUUUCUGGAAACUGGAGAAAGAUCACAAUUUUCACAGUGACAGAAGGUAUCAGAAAGGCACGGAUUUCGAAAUAUCUUCCCAAAGAAAGAUGAAUACGGCGGAGCACACGAGAAAGACGAGAGCAGUUCCAUGGAACCGCGGGACGUUCGGGGUUCGGGUCACAUACAGUGAAUGUGAGCUCAUAAACACUUCACCUGGUUUCACCUGCAGUCUCUGAGAAAGAAAAUGCCGCGGCAGAUGAGCAACAACUUGGUGGGAUUCCUGAAUUUCGUGAUCCUCUUGCUGUCGAUACCGAUUCUGGCCUCGGGCAUAUGGCUGGCGAACAGGCAUGGGACCGACUGCGAAAAGUUUCUGCAAGGCCCCAUCAUAAUCAUCGGACUCCUCAUAAUGGCGGUUUCACUGGCGGGUUUCAUAGGGGCCUGCUUUAGGGUUUCAUGGCUGCUGUGGAUCUACUUGUUCUUCAUGUUCCUUCUCAUAAUCCUGCUCUUUUGCUUCAUUGUUUUCGCUUUUGUGGUCACCGAUAAAGGGGCCGGGAAAAUGGCCUCAGGAAAAGGCUACAAGGAGUACCGAUUGGAGGACUACUCCCACUGGUUGCAGAAAAGGCUGCAAAAUGCGGACAACUGGAGAAAAAUAAAGAUUUGUGUACGCGACGCCAAGGUCUGUAAAUCCACCAGCCGUGAUGAUGUAAACCUUCCGGCAACUGAGUUUGAUCACAUAAAUUUGUCUCCGGUUCAGUCCGGCUGUUGCAAACCACCAAGCUCUUGCGGGUACGUUUACAGGAACGCGACAUACUGGGAUGGGGUUCCGCUGCCUGUGAAUGGGACAUCUGAUGGGGACUGUUUUACCUGGAGUAAUGCACAGGAUGAGCUCUGCUACAACUGUAAUUCGUGCAAGGCUGGGGUUUUGGCGAGCGUGAAGCAGGACUGGCGUAAGGUGGCUGCAAUCAAUAUUGUUCUGUUGAUAUUUCUGAUUGCUGUGUACUCUGUGGGCUGCUGCGCUUUCAGGAAUAAUGGGAGCUCCCGGUAUUAUUCUAAGGCUUAGGAAAUUUUCUCUGUUUGUUUGUUUGCCGUCUUUCAGACUUUUAUGAAAAGAUUUCGAAUGUUUUUUAUGUUUCAUAUCUCCUUCCAUCUCCAUCAAUUAGGGAAGAAAAAAUUACGGGGAAAGCCAAAUUUUGACGGCACGGAUUUUUCUGGUUGUGACCUGCCACAACAUUUUGUUGCAUAACAGUUUAGCUGUGAUUAUAACUUUUAAAAAAACGUGUCGUAAGGCUUCCUCUUGUAUGGAUUACAGAGAGAGAUCCCGUUGUA